AGGAAUGCUUCUGCGCUCUUCAGCCUCGGCGCUCUAGAGAGCCGGACCAUCCUCCGGCAGCAGCAGCAGCAUCAGCAGCAGAAGCAUCCACGUCGGCACCACCACUGGCAUGGCUCUGACCCUAGCGCCAGUAGAGCCCGGGACACUCCAGGAGCAGUACGUUCUUUGCGGCUCUGACACUCUGCAGUGCUUCCGUGCCAACUGUUUUUUCAUUUUGCGGAAUUUCACUCGUUUUUUCAUAUUUAUAAACACCUUUGUCGUUACAAAGGGAAGUAAGUCCCUUUGAAUAUAUCGCUCUCUGCAUUUCGCCUUUGAAAUCGAAUUGAGCACGGGAGCUGUUAGGCACGCCGGCUCGAGUGGAAGUACGUGCGAAUGCACGAUUGAAGAGGAAUAGGGUGAGGGUGCUAAGAAUCUUGAGUUUCCUCCUUGCCGAGAAGGAUACAGUGAAUUAGCGCCAACUUCCUCGAGACGAACUGGCUAUUUCGAGUGAUGGGACAGUGAUACAAGUGACAUGAUUGAAAAUUGAAAAUGCCCUGCUGCGUUCUAGUGCUCGUUUAGGUGAACGAGAUAAGACAGUGUGAAGAUGCUAUUAAAUGAGGAGAUUCUAUUCGACAAACGCCCUCAGCUUUCAACGUAACUGCCAAUAUUAGUCUACAAAUCAAUCGAGAGGAGAUAAAAAUGGAAAUCGGGACACGGUUGCAUCGGGAGCAGCAAGAGAAAUUGGAGAUGGGCGUUAGGUGGAAUUAGAGACUGCAGAGAAAGAGUCAUUUCUUAAGCAAGAAAGGAGGAGAAACUUUAGAGUCUAGCCACGAUUGGAGCUUGUCUUUGAAUUGGAGCGUCAGCAGUUUUGCAAAAGUGCCUCGAAUUAUUGACUGUGCUCGGGUUGUGGGAAGACUGAGGAAGAUUGAAGACUGAGCCCUUCCUUUUGAGCGUGUGCCGAUGACGCCCGCAAGAUUAUCCAGUGGCGAGAACUCGAGCUCGAUCACGGCCUUAACGACGUCGACGGUGGCUGCGGAGUCGAGGAGGUGCUGGAGGGUGCUCGAGAAUGGAACUGAGAGGUAGUUGUGCUGCAGAGACAACGGCGCGUCAAAGUUUCCGAGCGGCAACUGUUAAGGAAGAAAGUGGUCUGCCCUCGAAGCACGAGGAGAGAGAGAAUUGUCGACUGGUCCCCGGAGUCGGGUCCUGUUGCCGGGAAGGACGCCACAGAUGCUGGGCCCGGAGGGGCCAGGCCGCGGAGGCGUGACGCGAUGCGGACGCCCUCCACCGCUGCCACGAGGACAAGGGGACCGAGGAUCGAAAACCGAGCCCUGGACGAUGCCGAGGACCCGGACGACAAGGCUGAAGAGGCCGAGGCCGAGGCCGACGUUCGUCCUCAGGUCGUCGCCGAGAAGGCUCCGAAUAAACUGGGAUCGCUGGCACUGGUGUGCGUCUUCCUUGGACUGCUGUUCGGACCCUGGCUGCCAGCGGACGCCUUCGCUGGCGGACAGAAGUACAGCACCAGAGUGGUCAGAACGAGGUACGGAACGCUGCGCGGAGUCGCGGCCAGAACUUCAGAUGUCGAAAUUUAUUAUGGCGUGCCUUACGCUACUCCGCCUCUUGGCUCUCUACGAUAUAUGCCGCCUGUUACACCUACAACCUGGCGGGGCACUAAACUCGCAGACACUUUGCCCGCCGCCUGCCCCCAGAAACCCCCCAAGUCGGACCCCAAGCUGCCCAGGAGCAGGCGACUCUACCUCGAAAAGAUUGCGCCCAUCUUAGCCAACCAGAGCGAAGACUGCCUCUAUCUCAACCUCUACGUUCCUCGACCUCCACACGGUGGCACUCAGGAUAAAUUGCCGGCUUUACUAAUUAUUCAUGGAGAAUCAUAUUCUUGGGGUACAGGAAAUCCUUUGGAUGGAACUGCUCUCGCUGCUUAUGGCCGCCUAAUUGUAGUUACUAUCAACUUCCGUCUUGGAGUCUUAGGGUUUUUGAAAACCGGUGCAAAGGGGAGUGCUCAAGGUAAUUAUGGUUUGAUGGAUUUGGUGGCAGGGUUACACUGGUUAAGAGAAAAUUUAGCAGCUUUUGGCGGAGACCCUGAACGAGUUGCUGUUCUCGGACAUGGCACCGGUGCUGCUUUGGCAAACAUUUUAGCAGUUUCGCCGUUGUCUAAAGAACUAAUUCAAAGGGUUGUAUUGCUUGGAGGAUCGGCUUUAUCACCAUGGGCGGUGCAACGGGAACCUCUUGUGAUUAAACGACGCGUUGCUGAAAAAAUCGGUUGUCCAGGGGAUGCUGAAACUGAUGACAUUGCCCCGUGCCUGCGACUCCACAAUCUAGAUGAACUUCUUGACAUCCAACUUGAGCCACCUCGAUUUACAUGCGGAUUUGCACCUUUCAUCGACGGUGCAGUUUUGCCGCAAACUAUUACUCAGAAUUAUCAGCCCACUGCAUCCUCCUCUGGAUUUAUGCCAUUAACACCGGGACCUGGUUCGGAAUUCGCAACAUUCGGUGAUCGGGAUCUGAUAAUGGGUCUCACUUCUGUUGAGGCUUGUUUGGAUUUGUCCGCAGAUGAUUUGCAAAAUGGCUUCAAUGAAACGAGGCGAGAUCGAAUUCUUCGUACCUACGUUCGAAACUCUUAUCGCUAUCACUUGCACGAGAUUUACUCUACCCUUCGAAAUGAAUAUACUGAUUGGGAAAGAGGCGAACAGAGUCCCGUGGCUAUUUGCGAGGGACUCCUUUCUCUUCUUGGAGAUGGUCAAGUGGCAGCGCCUCUCUUGAGACUCGCCCUUCUGCACUCGGCCUCAGGUGGACGGGGAUACUUCCUCCAUUUUCAACCUGGCGAUCAGCCUAGUCAAAGGGGUGAGGAAGUGCCGUACCUCCUGGGAAUACCGCUUCUCAGAGACGAGUCGCCCACCUUUACACCCAAUAACUACACCCAGGUCGAUGAGAAUCUCUCCAGAUUGCUGGUCCACUAUCUUUCAAACUUCAUACGGCGAGGAGAUCCAAAUAAAGCGAGUCCAUUAACGUGGACCGAUAACAACACCUCGACAAGCCAACCCUUCUGGGACUCUUACGAUGCCAUAAACCAACUUUACCUCGAGGCUGGACGAAUAACGGAGAUUCGAUCGCACUACAGAGGGCACAAAAUGAGUCUUUGGUUGAAUUUACUUCCGCAAUUACAUCGUCCCGGUUAUGAAGUUAGCAUGCGUCAUCAUCAUCUUCUGGAGAGUGCGAGUCUGUACGAGGGAGCCGUUCGACCCCAAUCAUUGGCACUGCCCAUCCCCGCCCCACCGAUUCCCGUUCCAUCGCCGACCGAGCCUUCAAUGCCCGUCUCUAUCUCCACAACCGAGUGCACACCAAAUAUAACAACAAUGAUUCCAACCACUGUUAAAAGCCAACAAUCCAAUCUCGGAGUGGGUCCCAAUAAUCUUCUUCGGAAACUUGCCUCCAGUCACUAUCAAAGCUACACAACAGCUCUAACAGUCACCAUUGCCGUUGGAGUCUUCCUUCUGCUUCUCAACAUAUUGAUAUUCGCCGGCAUUUACCAUCAACGUGAAAGGAGUUCAUCGUCCAGUUUAAGUGGAUUUGGCGAUAAGAAGAAGGAAGAGCUUCUUGAGGCCGGUUGCUCGGGGAUCGAAACUUCGAAUAAACGCCGACUGCCCGCUUUCGCUCUAACUGAUUCUCUAUCUUCGAGUCCUCCAUCACACAAAGUGAAACUAGUCGAUGAACUGGAAAUGACUCUGCAGGAAUUUCAGUGCUCACCGCCCCCCGGAGGAAAGAGACUCAUGGAUCCUCCGACGUAUAACCGAAGUCCUUGUCUUCAACGCUCCAGAACACCGUCGCCCUGUGUUGAUGCAACAGUUGCCAGAGAUGACGAUGACGACAUUGAAAUCGACGACGGCCUACCUGAACCGCCUCCCCCUCCAAAAGCUCCAGCACCCAAUAUUGCAGCUUUGGCCUGUCCCGGGAUACUACGACAGCCAGGCACUCCCGGAAGUGCCAAGAAACGAGUUCAAAUUCAGGAAAUUUCAGUGUAAAAAGAAAGAUUAUUCCGUUCGAAAAAAUAGUGAUAAGAGACAAGAUGGUGAUAUUUAAUAGGAAAAAAAUAUACUUUCUCAUGUGAUGAGAGUGUAAAAAAUAUUCGCUCAUAGACAAAGUUAUUUCAAAAUUAUAUCUACGCUAGUAUGAGAAGAUUAAAGUGGAAUGUGCCAACCAUUAUUCACAGUCAAUUGUUCAAUUGUUGAUCAAGUUGGUGAUUUAAAAGUGGUGUAGUAAAGGGACACAUGGAAUUCAUUAAGUGAACGUAACAUUGGGAUUGAGGAAAACAAACCAAGUGGAAUUACUCGAGGAAUUGGAAGUCGACUCUGUCUUCAGUUGCAACCAUCACUCGCGUUAGCUUUUCAAUGGUUAUUUGAAUGUGAAUUAUUUAAUUGGCCGUAAUGUCAAACAAUUGUGGCUACUGUUAAAAUAUGAUUUUGUGGAUAAUUGUUGUGAAGUGAAUGGGAGUGCACAGGUCCAGCCCUCUAUUAUUUGAUUGCCAAGGGGUGCUUACAAGCGGACUGCUCUUAGGUAAAUCCGGUAAAAUUGGUAUACAAUAAACAGUGAAAGUCGUUUUUCCUAUUACUCUGUAAGAAUACCUAUUCGAAAUAAGGAGAAUUAAUGAACAAAAUCUUCGAGAACUUAAAAGACUGAGAGACUCGGCCAAGAAAGUUGAAGAAGAUACGUAAUAUGUAAUGAUACGUAAAAUUAAACGCACAAUGCAGCCAGUUGUAAAUAGAGAAAACAGCUUCCAUGUAGAGGAUGUUAACUGUAAGCAUCCCUGGUGUGUAAAAAACAUACACCCGUGCUUGGGGCCAUUUUUAAAUUUAGGAAGAAAGACGCUCGUGUUUCAGUUGGCGCCUUUGUCAUAUUUCAUCAUGUUUGCAUUAUUUAAAGCUUUUAAAGUGUUAAGUUUAAAGAUUAAAUUUAAAACAUAAUCCUCAUAAGAGUCAUAAGUAUAUAAAUCAAAAAAGGUAGCUUCUUGUUAUUGUAGAAUUUUAUUGUCUAUUACUUUGUUGAUUCGUGAAAGCGAAACUGAAACCAAGAGCGAAGAAGGAAUUGGGCGAGUGGUCACAUGUUUAUAGUGACCUAUCUCCAAAAAAAACAAAUUUACGAAAUGUCCCAGUUGGUCCCAGUUACCAUUUUACAUACAUAUAUACGAGUUACACUUAUUUAGUAUAAACAUACACUAACCGUAUGAAGUUUCAGAACAUUAGCAUCAUCAUAGAUUAAAAAUGUAUUCUUCACAUCUAGUACUCUUCAGCUAUUAAAAGAAAUAAUAAUACUUUACCAUCUGGUAAUUUUUAUAUUGUUACAUAAAUUUUAUUAUGAAUAAUUGCAAAGAAUUUAGAUACAUUGUAAGAAAUAAAUCUACUGGUGUUUAAUAUUCACGUGUAUCUACUUUUUCUUUUGAUUCAAGAUUCUUGAAUUAAGAAUCGAGGGAAAAAAUAUAAAAGUUAUAAUUGCAUUUAUUGCAUAACAAUUAAAAAUUUGUGAUUUAUGGUGAAGGAUGCACUUUCAGUUUAUGAAUGAAAGGUAUUGUGAAACUUUCUGCGGAUAGGCAUUCAUAAAAACGAGUCUAUCAAUGUUUCGAAUGUUGGAGUUUGUUUAAUAAAGACGUAA